UUUCCCCUAAAUAUGGUUCUCACGCUCCUCAAACAAAUCUCAGCCUUCCGCUAAUCCUCUUCCAUUCUCCUUUUUGCAUCCAUUUCUUUGAUCCUUUCUUUCUUUUUCUCCGAAUUUGAUUUCGGAUCCGGUCCUACCAACUAUGGCGGCAACAAAACGAUUAGAGAUCCUUCAAUCACAGCCGGGUAACAAAACUUGCGUCGAUUGUGACGGAAGAAAUCCCGCCUGGGCUUCGGUUUCGUACGGCAUUUUCAUGUGCUUAGAAUGCUCCGGCAAGCACCGUGGCUUAGGUGUGCACAUCUCAUUCGUCCGUUCCGUUAGCAUGGAUUCAUGGUCCGAGAUCCAGAUCAAGAAAAUGGAAUCCGGUGGUAAUGAGCGGUUCAAUGCCUUUUUAGCUCAGUACGGGAUUCCUAAAGAAACCGACAUAGUUACCAAGUAUAAUUCAAAUGCCGCCGGUGUUUAUCGCGAUCGUAUUCAAGCACUAGCCGAAGGCCGCCCUUGGCAGGAUCCGCCUGUUGUGAAAGAGAGUGACAACGGAGGCGGCGGUCAUAGAAAGCCGCCGUUGAGCGGUUGUAACGGGAAUGAUAACGAAGAGAAUGGAGGUUCGAGCGAUUUGACGAGGAAUCAAACGUUGAGUGAUUUUAGAGUGGAGAACAAGUGCUAUUGUCGGAGAGCAGGUCCGAUGAGGUCAAAGUCGUCGGAGGAUAUUCAAGUUGAGGCGAAUAAGGAUACAGAAUUGAUGUCGGAAAAGCCACCACCACCUUCGCAUGGAGGGAAAUUUGUUGGGUUUGGAUCAACUACUAAGCCUGUCCAUAAGAAAAAUAAGUCUCAUGGGGAUAUCCUCUCUCUUAAGUCUCAGGUGGAGGGUGGCAAUGACACGAAGGUUCACAAAACAGCCAAUGUUGUGGCUACAAAGAUGAGUGAGAUUAGCCGUAAAACAUGGGGUGUUAUGAAAGAGGUAGUCACAUUAGCAACAGAAAUGGUUGGGGCAAUGACCCAGAAAGGCAAUAACUGGCCAAGACAUGAGGGCAAGAACGGUCAUUAUAAGGCGUUUAAACAAGACAUAGUAUGGGAAUUUUCUUCUCAUGGUUCAAGUGACUGGGAAAACUGUGUCACAAUAGACAAUACAACAAGGGAAGACACACCAAAUGCGAUUGCUAAUGAAAACGAUGAUUGGGCUGGCUGGGACGAUGCUAAUGAACAUUUCAAUAAUGGUCAUAGUUCUAGUGAUUGGGAUAAUUGUGGCACAAAAGACGAUACAAAGGAAGAUGCUACAAAAGCGAUUGCUAAUGAAAAUGAACUGGGCUGGCUGGGACGAUGAUAAUGGAAAUUUAAAGAAUGGUGAAUAGGGCAAGUCUGCCUGUCACAAUUGAUAAACCCGAUCCUCACGCAAUGGUUGUGACUUGCAUUGAUUAAAUUUUGUGAGAUAUUAUCCGAUGCUUGUUCAAGCUGAACAACAAUGAUAUCACAGUUGACCAUUACAUCAUAAACCUACAAACCAGGACACCGUCCAGAUCCAAGUGAAGUGGAAGUUUUUUUCUUUGUGCAUUAUUGAGCCAUGUUUUGUUUUUGAAAGUAACUUUGUAAUAGAAAGGGCUAAUUGCCCAAUUGAAAAGUGCAUUCUUACAUUCUUGAUUA